GAUUGUGUGCAACUUCAACGGUAGUCGCUAUUAAAAUGGAAAAAUUUUGUCAUUCACCAGAAAGACAGGUGAUGGCAACUAUUACCAACGGGACUAAAGUCCAUGAUGUUUUUCACCAAUAGCAGGGCGCAGAGACGACGUGCGUGGCAAGGUUAAUGACAUCGCCUCUAUAGCUCAUUUGUCGAAUUGAACGAGGGACUGACGAUUUCCAAUGUUUUGGAAAAUAUACACAAAAUAUCUAUUGUAAUUUCAAUACAAACGAAUGAUACCAUUAAAAACUUUUGAUAAACAAAACUUUUUUUUACCUACCUACCAUAACUUUUUGAAGAAGUGAAACCAGAAACACACAAUUUUUCUUUUGGCCUAACGUGAUCACAUGAUUUUUCACAUAGAUAGGCGUGUGUGACUGAGUUAGUCGACACACAGUCCGCCUGUUCGCCUGUCCGCCUGUCCACCUGCAGAAAAUGGCUUUACAUUCAGAUACUUGUGAGGAUGUCGCAACGGUAUCCAAUUUCCGUGAGUGUGUAGUCACACAUUACCAUUUGGAUAUUGCUGUCGACAUGGAGGGACAGAAAGUUACUGGCACUGCACGACUCUCCUUUGAUGUUAAACAGACAACACGGAAAGUGAACUUGGACAUACAUGAAUCGCUAACAGUAGAAAAGGUGGAGUUAUCUCCCUUGGGUUCCAACAGCAGGAUCAAUCUGGAGUUUGUCUCAAAACCAUUCACGGACUAUGGAGCAGAGCUUGAAAUUAGUCUACAAAAGGAGUUAUCUCCCCCUGAGAUAUUUGACCUCUACAUCACCUAUACAGCCAAUGGCGGACCAGGUGUGUGCUGGCUCUCACCUGAACAGACAGCAGGGAAGAAGAAGCCCUACAUGUACACUCAAGGACAAGCAGUGAUGAACAGGUGUUUUUUCCCCUGUCAGGACACACCUGCUGUUAAAAGCCCUUACUCUGCCAAUGUCAAGGUACCUGAGGGAUUCACCCCAGUUAUGAGUGCAAGUCAGAGGUCGGAGAAGGGGACAGUACCAAACAUGUCUGGAGAUGAGGACACAUACUAUUUCAGUCUGCCCCACUCAAUACCUGCUUACUUAGUGGCCCUUGCUGUUGGGGAUCUGACCUCAGCCAGAAUUGGACCUCGCAGUCAUGUCUGGACAGAACCAUGCAUUCUGGAAAAAGCAAGGGCUGAAUUUGAUGGUGUCGUGGAGAAUUUUCUGACAACAGGCGAGAGGCUGUUUGGAAAUUAUGUCUGGGAUACAUAUGAUCUGCUUGUGAUGCCACCCUCUUUCCCGUUUGGAGGCAUGGAAAACCCAUGUUUGACCUUUGUGACCCCAUGUCUUCUGGUUGGGGACAAAUCUCUUACUGAUGUUGUCAUCCAUGAAAUUGCUCACAGCUGGUUUGGAAACCUUGUCACAAAUGCCAACUGGAGUGAAUUCUGGUUGAAUGAAGGAUUUACUAUGUAUGCACAGAGGAGAAUAAUGUCCGAAUUAUUUGGUGCUGCCUACACAUGUCUCGAGACAUCUACUGGUCAGGCAUUGUUACGACAACAUAUGGAUAGCACAGGACAGGACCACCCAUUGAACCGCCUGAGAGUGAUCAUAGAAGCUGGUGUAGACCCGGACGACACAUACAAUGAGACACCAUAUGAGAAAGGAUUUGCCUUCGUGUCAUACCUCCAACAUCUGGCAGGGGAUGUGAAGACUUUUGAUGACUUUCUCAAGUCAUAUGUCUCCAAAUUCCAGUUUAAGAGUUUGGUGGCUGAGGAUAUGCUGAAUUAUUACCUUGAAUAUUUCCCCGAGAUGGAAAAACAAGAAGUUGAUAAACGACCUGGAUUUGAAUUUAUCGACACCUGGUUGUUGAAACCUGGCUGGCCCCCAUACACACCUGACCUGUCUGCAGGAAGUGAGCUGACCACCCCAGCUGAGGAGCUGGCUGAGCGAUGGGCUACAGAGGGAGAUGGUGGUGCAGUGGACAUACCAACAUGGCCAACAUACCAGAUAGUCCAUUUCCUAGAUAAGCUACUAGAAAAGGAGACACUGUCAGUGGCAACUCUCUCCAAGAUGGCGGCUCAAUAUCCUACAAUAUCUGGCACACAUAAUGCCGAGAUACGCAUGCGUUGGAGUCUUGUCACCAUUAAACAUGGAUAUGGAGCAGACUUUGAGAAUAUCCGUCGUUUCCUUCACAGCCAAGGUAAACAGAAGUAUACACUACCUAUAUAUCGGGCUUUGAUGAAGAGUACAGAUGCUGCUAAGAAAUUUGCUGUGGAGGUUUUUGAAGAGACUAAGGACCAGCUACACGUGAAUGUACAAAAUUAUGUACAAAAGAUCCUAUCUGCCACCAGUGCCUAAAUGGUCUUUUUUGAAGUUUUUUGUUACACAAAUUCUAGGGAACAAUUAGUCUGAUUUGCCGAACAAAGUGCCAUACAUCAAAGUUAAGUAAGAUUUCAACAGCGAAUUGUCCAUCAAUAUUUACAUCAUUUUUCAGUCUUGAAAAUAAUGACUUUUUUUUCUGAGGUGAUAUGAAAUGAGCAGGAAUGGACUGCUGGUCUUGGGUAAAAGACGGAUAAAAUUAUUCAAACCAUUUGAUAUUGCAGAAGUUAUUUGAAACGGUUUUUUUGAAUCAUGACAGGUUAAAUUGAAUCUACAACUUCAUAACAGACAAAGUGACAGUAUGAUAAUUGGGGUAUCAAUAAGACAUUUGUGAAUUAAUCACAAUCAGCAAUAUUUAACCUCUUUAAAGAGGAAAUUUUAUAAUCAUAUAAACGAACUAUAUAAGAGAUAAGAUCUAUCAUUUUUAGCAAAAAAAACCCACCUGAUUCUAGUUAAUUAGCUAACUAGCGAAUUAUAUUGUAUUAAUAAGGUUAUAUUCAAUUUACAAGACAUUUUUUCAAUUGUUGACAUUUGUUCAAAACAUUUAUCUGUACAGGUUGUCAGUGGACUAUUGUUUUAAGAGUACUAUUUUAACUCCUACAACAAAGUUCCAAUAGGUUUGACACUUGAAUUAUAUAUUUGUCAUUUAUUUUACUAUAUGUAUCAUUCAAUAUACACAGGGUGCGAAAACAUUACCCAUGUAUUCAAGCACGGAGGGGUAGUGGCGGGGCUCCUAGUAGACACUAAUGGAGUAUUUCAGCUGCAAAUAAAUCAUUAAUUUUUUUAGUUUUCUUUUUGUUGAAUAUGUGGUUAUUCUUGAUCCACAAAUUGAUAUGUCCAAGAAACAAUAAACAGAUGAAAAAUGACAAAGGUUAUAGUACUAGUGGAUUUCCUGAACAUUAUUUACAAUGUUAUGAAUUAAAUUAUAUGCUAAUGAAAAUGGAAACUUUGUAAAACCCAAAAAAUUUGAAUCCUUCAAAUAUAUAUGAUGUUACUAUAUACAUUGUAAUGUGGAUGGGCUUAAUGCUUGUUAAAAAUUGAAAUACUCCUUUCUCAAAGAAUCAUCUACGUCCUGUGCAUUUUAUCUCUGAAAUUCUUCAGUGGUAUACAAGUUAUUCAUGGGUCUCAUAUUUACUGUCUCUGUAUACUACUUGUCUCAAUUCAUGAAACUCUUCAGCAUUAUGUUUGACCAGUUUCCAAAUUUGAAACCCUUUUAAACAAACAUACAAUGAGCAAUCAACCGAUACUUUCUGUAGAAAAAUCAUGAAACUUUUGUAUUAAAUUGUGAACUUGAGUAUUUCACAUGUGGGUAUUUUCACUUUUGGUUACUGAAGGAAGAUACUACAACAAAUCAGCCAAAAUGUUAAAGCCGAUAUAAACAGGAACAACGUAUGACAUGUUUUGGUAUAUGGAAAGGGAGUCCUGCAUUUUAAAUUUAAUCUAUUUACAAUAAACAUUAUAUAUGGUUGAAAAAAUGUGAAACAGACUGUAGGUCAUUGUCGCUAAAUGUGAAAACAAAAUAACCGUAAAUUUUUAUUUUGAAACAGAUUAUAUUUUGUAAAUUGUUUCUGUCUCAUUAAUUUUUAUUUAACAUUAAGAAGGAUAAAUUGAGUUUUUUUCAAGAAUAAUACAAAUAAAUUUUUUCUUUUUGUA